UUCGGGAUUCGCCCGGUGUCUGUGCGCUUUUUUUUUUAUAUCGGUAUCAUUUUAAUAUUUAAAGACCCUCCAUCUUUAUUUAUUUUCCCAUCCAUGGAGGAGGAGAACGGGCCUGUCUCGCGCGUCGUGAUCGCUUAGAAGGAAAGGAAGGAAAACCCAAAGCAUUAAAUCCGCUCCUACUAUAAAUAAAUGGUUUUGGAGCUGGCAGCGCCCGCAAGUGCAGGCCCGCUGCUGCAGCGCUCCAUCCCGCACAUCGAGCGUGUUUUCCGGGUCAGGGUGAGCUGCAGCGCCGCCGACACCCACACACACACCCACACACGCGCACACACCGCCACCGGGACACACACCGACACCGGCACCGACACCGAUCCCGACCCCAGGAGCGACCCGGAGACCGGCGGCGGAGUGGUCGUGAUCAUCCAGGAUGGCACGGAGGAAGACUGCAGCAGGGCUAAAGACUACAUCGUGUGUCUGAUCUCUCCGGCACUGAGGCAUCAUGAGCGUUUGACCCUGUGGCUCCAGCGUCGUCUUCGUGAGCCUGAGAGCUCCGAGGCCCGAGAGCAUGUGCCUGAGCUGAUGGAGGACGAGGAAGGAGAGGAAGAAGGGAGUAGCUCGGAGAGCGAAGGAGAGAGACGGAGUGCAGGAAGAGGACACGGAGGAGGAGAAGGAGGAAGGAGGAAAACCGAGCUGAUGAUGGCGACUAAGCCUCACCGCCAGCUGUGUCGCUCUCCGUGUCUGGACCGUCCGAGUUUCAGCCAGAGCAGCACGCUACAGGAACUGCGCGCUGAAGACUCUCCGGUCACUCCCACUUCCUCAUCACUGGCACUGCCCACUCCCUCAGUGGGCCACGCCCCUUCAGAUCGGGACUACCAGAGCAAAAUGGAGUUUGCGCUGAAACUAGGCUACUCUGGCGAGCAGGUGGAGGCCGUGCUGAGCAAACUGGGACCGAGUGCGCUCACUAACGACGUCCUGGCCGAACUCGUGCGUCUCGGGAAUAAAGGAGAAAUCGAAGCACAAACGCAGACGCAAACGUCCACCGGAUUAACGCCGACCGGGUUAACGCUAACCCCACGCGGCUCUGGAGCGAAAGAAGCCGUGAGUCCUGAGGCUUCACUCGAGGAGGAGACAAACGACACGUACGAUAACCUCCGACCCAUCGUUAUAGACGGAUCCAACGUGGCCAUGAGCCAUGGAAACAAAGAGGUUUUCUCAUGCCUGGGCAUCCAGUUGGCGGUUGACUGGUUCCUGGAGCGAGGACACAAAGACAUCACAGUGUUUGUACCGGCAUGGAGGAAAGAGCAGUCCCGACCCGACGCUCCUAUAACAGAUCAGGAAAUCCUGAGGAAGCUGGAGAAAGAAAAAAUCCUUGUCUUCACUCCUUCCCGUCGAGUCCAGGGACGACGUGUCGUCUGUUACGACGAUCGGUUUAUUGUUAAAUUGGCAUGCGAUUCAGACGGCAUCAUCGUGUCCAACGACAACUAUCGAGAUCUGCAGAAUGAAAAGCCAGAGUGGAAAAAGUUCAUCGAGGAACGGCUUCUCAUGUACAGUUUUGUCAAUGACAAGUUUAUGCCACCGGAUGACCCACUAGGCCGACAUGGCCCAAGCCUGGAAAACUUUCUCCGCAAGCGGCCUGUCGUGCCAGAGCACAAAAAGCAACCGUGUCCUUAUGGUAAGAAGUGCACGUAUGGUCACAAGUGCAAGUACUACCACCCGGAGAGAGCAGCGCAGCCUAUCCGAUCUGUCGCAGACGAACUCAGAGCUUUUGCCAAGCUGUCUGCCGUCAAGACCAUGAGUGAAGGUGCUCUUGUAAAAUGUGGCACUUCUGGCACCACUGCAAAAGGGGACUGUUCUGAGGUGAAACGUGUGGCGCCGAAACGUCAGUCGGACCCGAGCAUUCGUUCAGUGGGCUGCGAGCAGGAGGAGCGACUCUGCCCGGCUCGGAAAGCCGAAGCUAGUUCGGUUCCAUCUUUAGUGACGGCUCUUAGCGUCCCGACCAUGCCGCCGACAAAAAGUCACGCAGCCGGGGCAUUGAACACUCGUUCUGCUAGUAGCCCUGUACCGGGGUCGCUUCACUUCACACACAGCUCGCUAGAACACGCCGGAAGCAUCCAAUACCCUCCGAUCUUGGUCACCAACAGCCAGGGUGCAUCCGUGGCAUACAGUGAACCUUUUCCCAAAUACGAUUCCGUAGUUAGUGACCAUGGCUACUAUUCAAUGCUGAGCGAUUUCUCCACCAUGAGCUUAGGAAGCAUGCAAGACAGCUUCUGUAGCUUAGAACAGCCGGAUCCGGUCGGAGUCGGAGGAGGAUAUCCUGGUCGAGCUUCCAGCAUUUGUCCUGAAUCUGGACGCAGCCACUCUUCGGACUCGUUCUCCUCUUACGGUGGAGAGAUGUACUCCAUGGAAGGUAGCUUGGAUGAUGGGAUGAAGGGUCCACAAUCUGCACAAUCCCAAGUGCAAUCCCAAGCACAGUCCCGCUUGCAAGCAUUUGCACAUGGGUUCCACCAUGAGGCUUUGACGAGAGUCCAAAGUUAUGGCACGGAUGAACCCAAACCGGGACCACGCAAACAAUCCUCGGCCCACCUCGUGCCUCACGCGCAGCAUCAGGUGGUUGGAGCUCGAUCCAGUUGCCCGGGUGACUAUCCUCCGCUUCCCCAGAACGUGUUGCCUUCGUCUGGCCCUGCUCAGCCGGGCAGAUCCUUGGGAAUGACACGAAUGGACAGCAUUUCAGAUUCCCGUCUUUACGAAAGUAACCCCCUUCGGCAGCGUCGGCCCCCUCUGUGUCGAGAGCAACAUGCCAGCUGGGAUCCUUUGCCGUGUGGGAAUGAGCCUUACGGGUACGGAGGUUACGGCUUGACGGGAGGACUCAUGCCUUGUUGCGAACGAGUCAUGGUUCGGAGUAUGCCAGAAAAGAUGGAACAGAUUUGGAGGUCACCAUGGGAUAUGCCAUCAGGACCUCACGGACCGAUGGAACCACAAGAGCGACAUCCGAUCCCUGAACAUCAGUACCAGACUUACCGAAACCUCUGCAAUAUCUUCCCAGCAUACGUAGUCCACUCGGUCAUGGAGAAGAAUCCUCAUAUGACGGAUCCUCAGCAGCUAGCUGCAGUUAUUGUAACGAAACUACGGUCCUGUCAUUGAGCAAGUGAAGGAGAAGCAGCACAACGUCUUACCGCAGUAUAUAUAUUUUUUAAUUUCAUCUACACAGCCAGUCACUUGAAAGAUAUAAUUCCUUAUCCAUCUACUCUUCUUUUUUUCCUACCCUGGUGAUCUUUCCAUGUCGCAACAUAGCUCGCUUGUUUGCGUUAGCACCAUGAUUCAAAUUUGCAAUGCUACGUCAUGUAGCAUGAUUCUGGGUGGAUCCAUGUUUGAUGACGGGCCUUGUACCAAGGUUAAAGAAAUCAUCUACUGGAGAACGAAGCAAGUUUGUUGAUCGAUGAAGGUGUUUAAAGCAAUUUAAUACUUCAUGCUCAUGCCUUUGAGCUUUUCAUUUUGGGGUAAAUGACAAAAACGCACAUACGAUACAAAGAGGAAAGCAAGACCUGAGUCUAGAUCACGAAGACCAGCUGUUUGUUUUUUUUGUGCUGUAUUUUCCAGCCAAUACAUUAUAUUGGACUCUAUAACACUCUCACCCCCAAAUUCUGGCAGCAAUGAUGCACAUUGCUUUGUCGCAGUAUAUAAUAUAGCAGGCGUCUUUAUUUUGUUGGAUUAUACCGCCUGGAUAAUAGUGUCUUAUUCUCUGGAAAAUACAGUAAUAUAAACAGUUUCAGUCAUUUUGUCUCAUAAGGAACAUGAAUUGUAGUAGUUUUAUGUUAAAAACAUUUAAUUUUAGAAUUAAAUUUAAUACUUAGGAAAGAAAUUAUACUUAAGAAAAAAAAAAAACCUUGUAGGGAAACACUGAUCAGAAACGAUUGUGAUACGAGUACAAUCACUUGCACCAGUGUAAAUAUUGUGACCGUGCGAUUAUCUUACGUUUUUAUUCCUCGUGAAAAGGUGAAUUUUCCGAAAGGAGUGUUAACUCUCGAGUACCUCAAAGCAUGAACUUUGACCUUUUUAAACUUUUAUGGCCUUACAUCGUGUGACCUCACUACAAGUGUGUUAACGUGAUAUAUAUAAAUAUAUAUAUUUUUCUGAUGGUUGUUGAGGUCACCGUGUGUGUUUAGUAUUUAAGCACUAGCGGUUAUUUAGAGCAAUUAUUUUCCUGACACCGCCGACCUGCCAAAAAAAACAAACAAACAAAAAAAAAACCGACAACAAACAAAUGGCAUCCCUAUGUCCUCACUCGCACUAAGCCAUUUUUAAAGAUUACUUCACGCUGCUUAAGCAAGGCCAAAAAGAUAAUCAAUGUGUGUUUGAGUUUUACAUAAAUGCUAGCUAGUAGCUAGCAUUAUAUAGCCUGUUAGAUGUGUUUGUUGUGCAGUAACUUUACGCAAUCUAGAAAAGUCCUCAGAUUACAUUUGAACGUGUUUACGUGGUCUUUAAGCUCUGUUUUGGUAACGGAUUAGUAUUUGGGCUUGUGCGUCAUAAAAGAUAUGACAUUUGUUUCCAAAUUUACGUGUUUUAAUUGCUGGAAGUAUGAAAAGAUACAGCGGCGGUGAUUUAUCCGGACGAUUUUAACUUUGGCGUGGAAACUGCCGAUCUUGUCCGCCUUGACGUCGUAGAUGCAGUAGAUCCGCUCCCAUUGGCUGAAAUACCUACGUAGCUUGAAAUGAAUUAAAAUGUCGAUUUUUUUAGCUACUCUUCUUGCUAAAUUAGCUAGCUCGUGUUACAGCAAGGGGCUAAACGUAAAUCGAUUUCUCGCUAAUAACAGUAGCCGAGUAGCAUUAUGUGUAUAAAAUAACCUAAUUAGCUCGCUAGCUGAACGCUGUGACCUGGACCGGGUCCUGAAAGGUCGAUUUUGUAACGAUGACGUCAAGGAGGACUCGGUUAUUUUAGUGUAAAUUUUAGCAUUUAGAAAUGUAUUCAUUAUAGCUUUAACAAGCUACGAACUGAUGCAUGAGAUAAUAACUCAAGAGUUCUGCGCUUAAUCGGCUCGUUAGUCAGUUAAGACGUAUUGCAACAUAGCGAAAUUUGUGCAUUAACGAAGGGACGGCAGUCGACGUGUCUCAUCAGCAAAAUGCUCCUGAAGAGCAUCUGUUUUCUGAUUGGUGCUGGGAGACAACGCCAUGCUGCCCGUCUUUGUAUAUUAUAUUACUAUAUUAGCGCAAUCUUAGCAGAUUCCUUGAAUGUUCCAGACUUGGAGAAGUCUCUCUGCGUCCGGGUGGGAAAAGGACACUUUAUUUCGUUGUUGUAGUUUGCUGGGGUUUUGUUUUCAUGAGCGCAGGUUACCGCUCGUGGGAAGGUUGCGACACACUGCCUACCUGUUUCUCCCUGUGCGAUACACACACACACGGAACACCAGGCUGUCGUUGGGUUGUUUCUUACAUUUGAUUGACGGGUCGCUUGCUGCUACUUUUUUUUUUUUGCGCCUUUAAUCCUUACGUUUUCACUUUCCUUAUCAUUCCCACUUGAAAAAAAACGUAUGAUCGGAUACAAUAUGGUGAUGCUAGCAUUGUGACAUGAAAACUUUAUCAGCAUUGACCUCUACAUAGGUUCCUAGAAAGGUUCCUGGAUUCCUGAAAUAGUUUCCUGAAAAUGUUCGUAGUUUAUGAAAUGGUUUAAUGUGAUGACAUGCGGUUCGGGAUGUAGCCAAAAAACUAUUUUGGAUGUACAGUAUGCACCACACCGGUAGAUUCCUCAAAAGGAACUAAAAAGGUUCCUGGAACUAAAACCAACCCUACACGCUGCACUUUAAACGUUGUUAAAGUUUCAGUUGCUACGAAAAAUAGUUCCUAGGUACCCGAUAAUGCUCCUGGGAACCUGUAUACAAGUGCCAGGCUUCCUGGAAAAGGUUCCUGGAUUUCAGAAAAGGUUCCAGGUUCCUGAAAAGCAACACAGAACUUUUAUCCCAGAU